ACAAGAAGCCGCUCCAAGCAGCCUCUCUUCGGCGCCUGGUCACGUGCAGGGAGAAUCGAGCCGCUGGUUGUCGAUUUGUUAGCUUCUAAAAGGAUUUAAUAUCUCGCUCCAUCUAUCUUAUCUCAUAUCGAAAUCCCACGGGAGGCAGCGGGUAUAUACCCACGCUAUUGAACCUGUCUGACUCGGGGACACAGCACAGAGAACUAGAGAGGCUUCCAGAGGCAUCACAAGUUCACCGUCUGGACCCAGUACACCAAAAGGUUAAAGACAGUCAACAGGGCCUCUUUACAGCUCAAAAUAACACCGAAGACACAACCGACGAAAUAAUCCAUCAUCCAGACCAGAACACUGUCCGCUCAGACACUGAUCAACCUUUGGCCUUGUAGACCCGACUCGAAAUGUUAAAAAGGUCAAAGAUGUCUGACCUGACGACGACCGGGCAAGGUCGCUCCCUUGUUCUUCGCUAUAUACAGCAUUUUAAUGAGGUGUCUGGCACCAAGUCAGCCGGCAUUAAGAAGAAAUCCAGAAUUCCCGGGGUGAUGAUCACACAGUUUGUAGUGGAGAUUCCAGAAGGAAAGAGCUGCCCGGAUUUCCAACGCAAACCAAUAUCAUUAACCAUCCAGCAAGGGAAGCUGGGUGUGUUCAAGGCCGUGGUGACAGGAGACCCAAAACCCACAGUCACUUGGAACAGGGCCAAUGGCGAGAUCACAGAGGGCGACAAAUUCAAUUGUAAAUACGACGAUACGUCCGGCGAGAACACGUUGGAGAUAAAGAAGGUGUCCCCCGCUGAGGCGGACACAUACAAAUGUUUUGCUGUGAAUGAAUACGGCAGGGCCAUCUGCACUGCCACCUUAAACGUGAUCGAGGUUGGAUUCAGCAAAGAGAAGGCCAUGGAACAAAUGGAUAUCUGUUCCACAAACCCUGCAGAGUUAAGAAAAAUGUUGAAGAAAAGCAAAGAAGUGAAACCCCAACCCAAGGACGAGGGGGGAAUCGAUGAGCGGUUCUGGGAGAUCAUCAUGAGUGCCGACCGGAAGGACUACGAGCGCAUCUGCCUGGAGUUUGGCGUCAAAGACCUGCGGCUGAUCCUCAAGAAGCUGGAGCAGAAGAAGCAGGAGAGGGAGGAGGAGCAGUGCAAGUAUGUUGACUACGUCAAAAACCUCAGGCAUGUUCAGGUUCGAGGGGACGGCUCAGCAUCCUUUGAGUUCGAAAUGGAGUUAAAAGAUGCAACCAGUAGAAUAUUCCUCUACAAGGAUGGUGUGAUGAUUCCGUUUUUCGACGAUCCGGGAACGAAGCACAGCCUGAAGACUGUUGGGAAGAAGCUGGUCUUCAGCAUUAAUGACCUCCUCCCGGAGGACGCGGGCUUGUAUCAGGUGGACGUUGAAGACGUCAAUCUUUUCUCAACAGAUUUUAAAAUUCCCAACGUGAACUUUGUUGUCAAAAUCCAGGAGGUGAUAGCCCAAGAAAGAGAAGACGCUCUCUUUGAAUGCGUGCUGAGUCACCCUCUGCCCAGGAUCAGGUGGAUGGGUAAAAACAGCCCACUGGAGGAUGGAGAGAAACACAGCAUCACCGUUUCAGAGGACAAGCUGAUCCACAGUCUGUUGAUCAGGGACUGCAAGCAGCUGGACAAAGGCAUCUAUGCAGCUAUUGCAGGCAUCAAGUCGUGCAGCGCUUGGCUGGUUGUACAAGCCGAUGCGGAGGCAUCCGGUGGGAAGAAGGCGUCUCGUAAAACCACCUCGGCUGGUGGAGCCGGGGUGGACCUCCAGAAAGUUGCAGAAGAACAGAGGCUCUGGCUGCUGGAGGAGAGGGAGAGGAUGGAGGCAUCGCUGAAGGCCAAGGGAGAAGCUGAACUGCUGGAACCCAACAAAGCCUCUUCCACUGACGGAGCCGGAGCAGCUGUCGCCAACGGAUACUGUAAAGACGGCAAAGAAAGGGGGGGGGAGAGUCAAGCAUGUGUAAAAGAUGAGAAUGCAGGGAGUAGAAUCAAAGCAGAGGCCUAUGGCUUAGGGGCAGAUAGAUCAAAUAUGAGUGAUCGGUCAGACUGUAACAACACGUCAAGAGGUUCAAGUUCAGCUGGUGGCUCAGAAGGAGACUUAAAACUGACGGGGGAUAAUAAAAGUGGAACGGGCUCCAAAGCAGGACACAAUGGUUCGCUCAAGUCCAAAGAUAUUAACCACCAACCAUUAGACAAAGAUGCUAUCUCUAAAGCACAAGAGAGUAAAGACCUGUGCGGUAAAGAUGUCUCAGAUGGGUCACAGCACACAGGGGAAAGUGCAGCUCUUCAUGGUCCAAAUGGGAAGGAAGAUUCUCGUUCUGCAAAGAACAACAGCAUGAAGAAUCACAUUAAUGGAACAGAUUCGACGAAUGACCAAAUGAUGCAGAUUUCAAAUAAAGACAGGUAUUCAGAGGGGAAAACCAGUUCCUCCGGUACGGAUGGGCAUUCAGAUACCAGGAGCACCAAGCAGACGACAGUAGAACAAAGCAAUGGGGAUGGUUGUAGCCCGGAUCAAAACCACUUAAGUGGAUCUGAGGGGAAGGAGGUCUCUGGAGCGUCUGCUGAGUCCUCCGGGCUGGCGAGGCCAAGCCCAGAGGCGCUGUCUGUAGACAAUGCAGACCAAAGCAUUGAAAGUGAAAAUGACGAGACAGAAGAUUCUGCUGCGAAGGCAAAGCGCAAAAGGCCAGGCUCACUCAUAACAGACUUGUUCAUUGACCCAGGGGUGCAGUUUGUCAGCGGGCUGUCUGAUGUGAACGCCAUCCUUGGAGGGACCGCAGAGAUUAUGUGUAAAGUGAGCAGUGAGGACUGUGAAGGAGCCUGGUUCAAAGACAACCAGAAGUUAUCAGCAAAUGAUGAUUUUCAAAUAACCAAAGACGGCUCAACCCAUAAGCUGAUUAUCAACAACUGCAAGGAGGAGCACUCUGGGAAGUAUCGCUUUGAAGCUGACGGCCGCAAAACUGAAGCCGUUAUCUAUGUCAAAGACCCCCCGAGGUUCACCGAAGAGGACCUGAGCGUGUUCAGUAAGCCCGUGGUCAUCAAGGUGGGGCAGAACGCCGUGUUCCAGCUGCCCUUCCAUGGCCAGGAGCCCAUGAAGAUGCAGUGGUUCAGGGAGGGCGAGGAGCUGCUGGAGGACCACGGCGUGAGGAUAGAGCGGGGUCACGCCCACAGCCGCCUGCUGCUCAGCAGGUGCUCGCGGAAGAACGCCGGGGAGAUCAAGUUCCGGCUCAGGAAUGACCACGGGACCACGGAGGUCAUCACACAGCUGGUCGUGCUUGACAGACCCACCGUACCCCAGGGCCCCGCCGAGGUGGUGGACAGCUCCCCCACCGCUAUCGAGUUCAAAUGGAGGCCUCCCAAGGACGAGGGCGGUUGUCCACUGGUGAGCUACGCGCUGGAGCGGCGACAGGUGGGCCGCAACACCUGGAAGAAGCUAGGGGAGGUCCCCGCAGUGGCCGGGUACCGUGACAACGACGUGGAGCACGGCCGUAAAUACUGCUACCGUAUCCGUGCGGUGAACGCAGAGGGCGUGAGUGACGUGAUGGAGACCGACGACCUCCAAGCUGGAACGUUGGCAUUUCCCGGUCCUCCAUCGCCGCCCAAAGUGGUCGCUGCCUCCAAGGACUGCAUCACCCUCUCCUGGGCUCCCCCCACCUUCACGGCCGGCUCCCGCGUCCUGGGAUACUCUCUGGAGAAACGCAAGAAGGGAAGCAACCUCUGGAGCUCAGUGGGGGAUCUCAUCACAGGGAAGACGCAUGCCGUGAAGGACGUCGUGGAAAGCAUGGAGUACGAAUUCCGAGUGGCGGCCGUCAACCAAUCAGGAGUCGGGGAAUUCAGCAACCCCUCCGAAUUCGUAUUCGCCCGAGACCCUAAGAAGCCUCCGGGUAAGGUCACGGACCUGAAGGUGACGGACAGGUCGUACACACACCUGUCGUUGGCCUGGACCAAGCCUGAGGCCGUGGCGGGGCUCCUGGACGAGGCCCGGGGCUACCACGUGGAGAUCCGGCCCGCCGAGUGCUCCGAGUGGUCCCGCUGCAACGUCACGCCCUCCAUCCUGCCCUCCUACUCGGUGAAGGGGCUCCGCUCCAUGGAGAUGUACUGGGUCAGGGUGUUCGCCGCCAACGAGGGCGGGGAGAGCCCUCCUACCGAGCUGCAGAACUAUGUCCUGGUCAUGCCGCUGCCCGUGAGGCCGCGGUUCACGGACCAGAAGAUGAAGAGUUUUAUGGUGGUCAGAGCGGGGAACUCUGUAAGGAUAACGGUAAACUUUGAGGCCAUGCCCCUGCCCCAGGUGUUCUGGCUGAAAGACAACGUCCCCGUGGCAAAGAGGGUCAAUGUUAGCAACUGCGACAGCUCCUCCCAGCUGCUGAUUCCCUCCUCGGAGCGCUCCGACACAGGGGUCUACUCCAUCACGGUGAAGAACCUGGUGGGCCAGGAGACCUUCAGCCUGGAGGUCAGGGUGACAGACGACCCGAAGCCGCCGGGCCCCAUCACGCUGGAGGAGAAGGUCCCCGGCACGGUGACGGUGUCCUGGGAGCCCUCCCCCGACGAGCAGCGGGACGACCGGCUGCACUACUCGGUGUGCGCGCUGGACUCCAGCCGGCGGACCUGGAGCACGGCGGCCGAGCGGCUGUUCAACAACCAGCUGACCGUCUGCAACGUCAUGCAGGGCCGCGAGUACCACUUCUGGGUGUACGCCAAGAACGACAUGGGCACCUCGGCGCCCUCCGUCUCCCCCACGUGGGGCACGGAGAGGAAGAAAGAACGGUUUGUGGUCCACGCGCCGACCCGGAAAGACCCGGACCCGCGGUGCGCGCCGUCGUUCAUGGUGCCGCUGAAGUGCCACACGGCGCCCAAGGGCUACGAGUGCUACAUGAGCUGCGCCGUCAAGGGGAACCCCAAGCCCCGCGUCACGUGGUACCGCAACAACGUCAGCCUUAACACCAACACCAACUACUACAUCUCCGACAUCUGCGGCGUGUGCUCCAUGCUGAUCCUGCGCGUGACGCCCAAGGACGUGGGCGAGUACACCAUCCUCGCAGAGAACGCCCUGGGCCGGGCCGAGUGCUCCACCACCCUCAUCGUCAUAGAGUGAAGAUUUGAAGUUCUGAGCCACAGAUUGAUAUAGAACUAUUAUUUAUAACCCUCUGCUUUAUUUAUGACCCGUGUAUUUAUUUAUAAUGCUGCAGUCAGAGACAGGCUCCUCCCAUGCGUUCAUACCGUGAGGUGACACAGCCACACAAGGCCACGGCCAGCCCGUCUUGCUCAUGGGCAACUCAACGCCUUUAUUUACACACACGGAGUAAUCUAACUAGCAAGCCUCUUUCUGACAGACAGCAGGACCCGUUCAGCCCUCUUGACCCGCUGAUACCGACGGAUUUCUCCACGACUGGAAGAUUCCCAAUAAUAAAAAACAACAACAAUGCAUGGAUGAAGUACUAUGAACGGAAGCUCAUGCAUUCAUUCAUUCAUGCAUUCAUACAUUUAUCCAAAAAGCUGUAUGGGAUUGUUGUUUCCUUUGCUUCCUUUUUAGAAUGAUAUGACAACAUAUUUAUAAAAGGGUACGAUAUGAUACACAUAUAAAAAUCUUUUUUGCCAUGCCUUUGACAAUUUGAUGCAUAAUGGCCCGUUUCCAAACUUGGUAUCUAUUUUAAAUCAUUGAUUUUUUCACUAAUCGUUUUUAAGUGCAUGGAAAUAAAGCAGUAGGCCAUGUGCUAUUAAGCUGUGUAAGCUGGAAACAAGAUUCAUGUAAAUAAGCACAGUUAAAUGGGUGGGUGUGUGCUUCACCUAAGGUUUUCUCCCUACACCCUUGCCCUUUGUAUGUUUCCCCCCAGCAGUAACCUGAGGUACCCCUAGGGGUAGUUCCCUGUUUUAGAACAAUGGCCUGAUAUGUGAGGUUGCAUAAGCCUCCGCUGGCCAUGUCUGACAGGAUUUUAUACCGUUGCUGUAUAUUUAAGGAAGUUGCAUUUUCUUUGUAUUAUUGCAGUCUGGGCUGUUUAUUUAAAUGUGCUGAAGUAAUCACAUGCCUACAGAAUAGACUUUAGUUGAAAAAUAAAGAGCUUUGAUGAUAAGGCCUAUGGUAUUUUGAGAUGACACAUUAUACAUAAUAAACGUGAGAUGUAAUUCAA